UUCAAAUCAUCGCACUUAAUUACCAUACUAUGGGGGGUUGGGCAGCCCGUAAUGAAAUGAUACCUCUUCCCCCAACCGCCCUCUCUCUGGAUUCUUCUUGCUUAGUUACAUAUGCCUUUUUCCUGCCCUCUUGCUAACAUGUGCCCAAUGACAUACUUCUAACCUGCUAAUAUUUCUUGGAAGGUAAGCUCUCUUGCAUUCUGAUAAUUGUCUAUUUGAUUUUAAAGCCAGAGCACCCUCAGGCCCCUCUACCUAGAAAUAGUUUAGUCUAUUAGUAUUCGCAAAUACUCUGUAAUUCUCCAUGCCUCGUACUCCUCCUGCUUAAAGAGAUUUACGAUGGAUUCAUUUAAGCAGAGGAGAGCUUUGCUAAACUAGACGUCUGAAAACAAAAUUCCAGGACAACUCCAGCUGAAGGUCAUCCAUUGAAUAGAAUUUUGAUGACGCCUCCUGGUCUUUAGAAAGUGCCUUCAGCAUUUGAAAUUGGGGCACCCCUGGGCCCUCUGAGCAGUGCUGAUAUCGUACAUCAUUGAGGCGAUGUGCGUUUCAGGCAGCCACGUUCUGCUGCUUCUCAGGGUGGCUCAGGGAGCGGGUCUGACCUCAGACCCAGCCAGUGUGGAGCAGACGACCCCAUGUUGGACACUGAGUUGAGUUUGUCCCCAGAUAGCAGUUUCCACUUAUUCCAGAACUGGCGUGCUCUCUGUGGAGAUGAGUGACUGGGUUUGUUUUCAUGCCAUCACGAGCUCGCGCCAGGUAGAGCAGGUGCCGGUGCCUGGCCCCACGAGUAGGAGCCUUGCCUAGUUCCGCUGAAUGUCCGUAUGCCUAACGUCUUCAUCGCCUUUUCCUUCCCAUUGUGCCUUUCAUGUUCAGACAUGUGAGCCAGUGUUCCAGUUUGUGUCGGUUUCCUUGCCUGACUUUUUUUUUUUUUUUCAUUUCUCCCUUUUUCCAUUUUUUUUUUCCAACAUCUUAUCAUUUGAUCCCACAAUGUCUCUGCCGCGGAUUAACCAUUCUGUGUGCCAAGGAGAGUCGAGCUGACCCAGCCAUUAAUUCUGCAUUUUGUGCUUUUCUAGGUCUCCAGAGAGAGCCCAAUCCCUGUCCUGUAAUAACUGUAAAGCACUUUAAAGAAUCAGCGGGCAUUAAGGGCCUUGCCCUGUGUCCAGACCCAUCCAGAGUACCUGGCGCGAAAACCCUGAACAAUUCCGAGUCCGACUACUUGGCCAGAGAUGGCCCUUCAAGCAACAGCUCGUUCCAUAGCAGUGAAGAGGAAGGCACUGACCUGGAGGGGGACAUCCUGGACUGUAGCGGCUCUCGCCCUCUCCUCAUGGAGUCUGAGGAAGAGGAGGAGGGCUGCAGGCCUCCUCUGCAGGGAAAACUGGAAGGCGCCACCCCAUUCCCGCAGCCGGAAGUGUCCUCUGAGCCGGCCACGGCAGGCCAAGGGGACGGGAAGAAUCAGUUCCCCGCCCUCACACCACCCCCCACUGAUGGUCCUGGUGAGCCUGAUGUUUUUGCCACCGCACCCUUCAGGAGCUCCCGGGUUCCAGCUGACGACCUGGACAUUUUCUCCAAAGCCCCGUUUGUCACCAAGGGCAGUGUGGCUGCUCCCCAGCUGGAGGAGGCCGACGUUUUCUCGCGAGCUCCUUUUACCAAGAAGAAAAGUGUGGAGGAGUUCGCCGUUGCCCAGGGUACCCCUCAGACAGAUGACGUCCCGCUGCUGUCAGGCAUUGAGCGGGCUGCCUACGCCGCAGCCCGAGCUCAGUACCCCAUGGCUGGCUUUGGCCAACCUCCUCCCCUCUCCUCCCACUCUGUCCAGACGGCAGACCAUCUUGACAGCAUCACUGGCCGGGGCCCCUCCUUGGAAUCCGGGGGCCAUCCAAAUGACAGAAACAAAGGACCUCAGCCCCAGAAAGAAGCUGCAUCAGGCCCUCUGACGGGCAAACCAUUCCGCCCCCAGUCUUUAUCCAAAUAUUCCCGUCACUAUAGCCCAGAAGAUGAGCCGAGCCCAGAAGCCCAACCCAUUGCUGCCUACAAAGUUGUUUCGCAAACCAACAAGCAGUCAAUAGCUGGCUCUGUUUCUAUCACGCCCCUUUCUUCCAGGACUACGGAGCUGCCAGCUGCUGAUCCUUUUGCUCUAGCCCCCUUUCCUUCCAAAUCAGGCAAGCAGAAACCUUAGGAGCAAUUAUCUGAGCCUUAGUCCUCUGUCCCUACCCCACCCCAGUACCACUCCCAGCUGAGCCUUCCUCGGAACAAAGAGAUCAGUGAUUAUUUUCAGUUCCCUGGGUGAGAGCAGAACUUCCUCCGUCAACAGACUCAGUGCUAUUUGGUUGAAACCCUUUUCAGUUACACUCAUUUUUUUGUUGUUUAUAUUGGUUUCUCAACUUUUGGGCAUUUCCAUCUCCACCUCCAUCCAGAAACCUCCUCCCCUCUCCCCCCAUUCACGCUGUUAAAAUCGAGAAAUACUUCGUCCCAACCCCAAAGGGGCCGUUUUAAUUCCUGCAGUUGUUAAAUCAUGCCUAUUGAGGAAUCACGGUUGGCCCUCCCAUACUGCUUGAUACUCUUGAAAAGGGGAUGAUGUCUCUGGAACAAAGUGCCAGGUCAGAGUCCUGCAUGUCAUGAGGAAGGUGUCAUCCUGCAGCAAUGAAUCAUUCCUGUAAAACCAGCAGCUCUGGAGGAUUCUCCGGGUCCGUUCUGAGUCUGUGUCGGCAAGAUUGGUCCACAUACAUGAUGAGUGUCUGUGGGGUGCCAUAUGUUUCAAAUCCUUUGCUACAGGUAACUGCAGCAGUUGUUGAUAUGUGUUCAUGCCUAAUAGUGUUAAGCCUUCCUCAUGUCCAUGCUUUGAAAAUUAGCAUAAGUACACACAUAUGGGCUCUGUGUGUGAGUGUGUGUGUGUGUGUGUGUGUCUGUGCAUGAGUGUGAUCAUGUGCACGUAUGCUCAUGCAUACGGAGCUUUUUUCCUUUAAUCGCCUCUUCCCCACCGUGCCUACCUCCACAGUCACUCACUUACUGGCAUUUGUCUCAUGACUUGAACCCGAUUUUACUUAAUGUGAUCGCCAAAUUGAAUUCAUUGAAAGGUGUAGGAAUAUCCUGCUGAAAAUGAGGAUUCAAAGUAAAUAACUUUUCCUCCAGAUUUUGCAUUUAGCAUAUUCCAUUUACAUGGUCAUGAAAAAAGAAUGAUCCAGUCAUGUUUUCCCUCAAACCAGUAGAGAAGAGCACCUUAGACUUCAGUCUCACUGGGUGUCGCUCUUUUUAAGUUCUCAGCAAUCAGGUCUGAUCACUCUAUGCUGUCUUUAUGGAAUUAAUCAUAAGACGAGGUCAUAAACUAGAUUGGCCUGGCUUUGUCUCUCAAAACCUUGUCAUCUUUCUCUGUUGCCUCAAGGAAAUUAAGUCAUGUAAAUAAGCUUAGGAAAAUGAAGAGUUGAAUCAACUAGCUAUGAAAAGCCUCUGUUCUCUUUAUUGCUAAAGUGGGCCAGAUUAGUAGGCUAAUUGGUGUUUUUGAAGUGUCUUCUGUUUGUGGAAAGCUCUGGGUUUUCCUACCUAUUUUCAUACCCUUUAUUAUUAGUGCCUUAAACGGAAACUUCUCAAUGAAAUUUCUGACUGAGGAAGUACCUCUUAAUGGAAACAGUUGCUGCACCAGUUUCAACUUGAAAGAUAGCUGUGAUUUAUAACAAAUGAUAAUGUUUUCUCUAUUAGCUGGAAAAUUUGGGAACGCUGCUUACCAAAUCAGAUUAAUGAUUUAGGAAUGAUGGGAAAUCCAUCCAGGAAUCAGGCCUGUGUGCCAAACUCCAGUGAGCUGAUGGUCUUUAAAUUUGCAGUUCAGAGCUCUCAGGCAGUAAAAUUAAAUCGCUGCUUCUCAAGACUUUUCUAGUUUCUUUAUUUCGAAUGGCCAAGUUAAAAUAAUUGGCACAGGAGCUGCCAACGGUGAUUUUCAAGUUGAGGUUUCAUCUGUGUCCAGGAACCAAAGUCUUUCACUUUGGUUGAUGUUAAAUGUUUAUUCUAUUCUAUGCAAAAUCAUCUCUCCUGCUGAAUGGUGUUGGUUAAGGCAUAUGGAACCUGGUACCCCAAACUUGUUAGGCUUGAUUCUUGGAUGGAGUUCCAAUAAUUCUCAAAUCAUAAACUGGUCUGCAGUAUAAACAGUGUUGUUUAUUUCUGCCGUACUGUCUAGGAAGUAUUUCCAUGUAUUUUCACUGCUCUGCAGGUAUAAAAAGGAUGAAACCCAUGGAAUUAAAACUCUCAAAAGUCCAGAGAAGCAAUAAUAAGAAUAGUCUGAGAAAAUUCUUACUCCAAAUCAGAAAACUCUUUUUUUAAAGAGAAAAGAAAAAAAAAUUCUAAUUUACUCUGAAAUCUUCAGGAGUACUUCUAAACCAGCCCCACUAUCUGUCUUUUCAUUGAUUAUUUGAUCCCUCCCUCUCUAUCAAGCAGUUAAUAAAGGCAUUUUAGUUCUUUAGUGGCCAAUCAAUAAAACUGUGAUUUUAUUACAUAAUUGAGUCAUUUGUCAAGCAUAGGCUUGACAUCUUUAAUUCUCCUUGGAGAGUCCAGAUAUCUUUUUUGAAUAGCAAAUGAGUAGAUACACAUGCAGAUAACUAAAAUUGUCCUUACUGGGUGAUGCAUGAAAAUUUCUUGACCUUUGGAUUAUAUUAUUAGGUAAUAACUAAUCAAUUCUGAACCUAUCUUCUUUUGAUCAUGUAAUGUAAAUUCAUCAUUUCAAGAUACACAAUAUUCUUGCCAGAGGCCAGCCUGAAUAUGGAAAUCUAAAACUUUAAAUUUUAAGGGAAUCAGGAGUUUUCAGAAUGUUUUGAAUUAGUGGUAAGUGCAUGUUUUCACGACUACAACAGGUUAAGGACAAAGAGAAAGAAAAUAUGUAAUCAACAAAAUGCUGCUCUUGUUUUAAUUUAUUUUAUGCAUUACUUGUUUUUACAUCUCUGUAGAGGAAUGCAAGAACUGGUGGCUUUUCAUUUCAGUGGAGCAAGAUGGGCUAGAAUGUGUUUAGGUAUAAAGCAAAGAAUCACAACAUGCACCAGUGAAUUGUUAAAGCAUCUACCUUGAUUACCAAACAGGCACUAUUGAAUUAAUGAUGUAUCAAUCUAUGGCAAAAAGUAUUUAACCUCUGUUUCUUAGCUCACAUACAGCUCUCUACCUCCAAAUCCUUAGGCUGGGAAAUGGAAUGAACAAUAUUGGAGGCUGAAGCAAAUCCUGGGCAGGGAUUCUCAAUCAGAAAAUUGAUCCUUUUCUGCCCUCUUGUUAAUGAAUUAAACAUUUCAUAUGUGAAGACUGAUACAGAUGUAUUUACAUGUCCAUGUUAGGUCUGAGUUUAAUUUGACCGACAAGACUUCUUCUAAACUGUCCAAAAAAUACCAGUAUUGAAUUGAUCCAUUAUUUAGUAAGUUUUGAAAAAUGUGUACAUCAGUGUUUUCAGCUCUUUGGAGGACAUUUUACUGAAAAUGAGUAGCAUACUUCAGUUUAAUUUAAAGUAAAUAUGAUCAUCAGAGUGGUUAGAUAGACACUAAAUUUAGUCGUUAUAUUUGAUUCCAUAAGGAAUACAUCAUAUAAUAUGUAUAUCACUCUCAUGUCACUGUCAUCCCAUUGCUCAUCGAUUUGUUCGAGCGGGUACCAGUAACGUCUCUUAUUGUGAGACUUAUUUGUUACUGUUUUUGGCAUAUCUAAUACGCCACGGGUAGCUUGCCAGGCUCUGCCAUGCAGGCGAGAUACUCUCGGUAGCUUGCCAGGCUCUCCGAGAGGGACGGAGGAAUCAAACACAGGUCGGCCACCUGAAAGGCGAACGCCCUACCGGUGUGCUAUCAAAAAUGGGGCUGUAGCAAUAGUAUAGCAGGUAGGAUGCUUGCCUUGAAUGCAACCAUUCUGGAUUAGAUCCCUAGCACCCCAUAUGGUCCUCCUAAACUCACUAGGCGUGAUCCCUGAGAGCAAAGCCAGGAGUAAGCCUGAGAUCCAACUUACUCUCUGGACAGAAGGGGAAAACUGAAAAGGGAGUCAUAAAGAUCUCAUUUCCUGCUGUCUUUAUCUGUGCAGUGUGGGCUCCAUAUUAUUAUUGAUGAGGGGCACAUAGAAGACUCUGCUCAUAAGACCAUAGCUACCCAGGAGGCAGGAGUGCCUUGUAAAUGUGCAUUGCUACCCCUAACUUUUCAUCUUCCAGUCCUUUCAGAUGACGUUAACAUGGCAGUUGUAAAUGGAUUUGUGUUAUUUAAUUUGUUCUCUCUCUUUUUUUUCUGGUACCUUUAUCGACUGUUAUUUAUAGUUUUGUCUUGUUUCACUGACCAGAACACUUGCAAGCUUGUGACUUGUGAAGAUCAUUUUAGGAACGAUUUCAAAAUACUUGAAAAUAAAAAGUAUCUGGUUGGGCAUUGUGGAUUUUGUUUGGUUUGAGUUUGGGGAGCCACACCCAGCCGUACUCAAGGGCUUACUCCUGGCCCAAUGUUUGGGAAUUGACAGUCCUCAGGGUCCCUUGUGGUAUCUGAGAUGGAGCCAGGAACUCCGCCAGACAAACCCUGUGCUCAGCCCCUUAAGGUAUGUCUUCAGCCCCUGUUUUGUGUUCUUCUGCUAGAAAACAAAUGUGUAGACUAUUGAAAUAAACUACUACGUAGAUGUGGGAACCCAUACUGUAGUGUCUUUUUUUUUUUUUUCUUUUUGGGUCACACCUGGCGAUGCACAAAGGUCACUCCUGGCUCUGCACUCAGGAAUUACCCCUGGCAGUGCUCAGGGGACCAUAUGGAAUGCUGGGAAUCUAACCUGGGUCUGCCGCGUGCAAGGCAAACGCCCUACCCCCCUACCCGCUGUGCUAUCACUCCAGCCUCCAUACUGUAGUGUCUUGAUGCCAACUUACUCUCUGGCUUUCUGGCACUCGCCUGCCUUGUUGCACCCUGAUCUUUAUUAGGAGACAGACCUCUCAUAUGUGGUAUCUAUGAUCAAAUCAUUCACACAGUGACGGUUCUUUCCACUCUUUUUGUCCUAACCCUGCAAGUCCUUCUAACUCACUUCCCUUGUUCCUGUGCCCACUUCAUUUUUCCCUUUUAUCACCACGCCAUGAAGUAGAUAAGGCGAGAUCUGAUCAGACGAUUCAGAUCUUUUCAUGGGCCUGCUUCAGUACUAGAAACCAUUUCUUCCAUUUCAGCCUAGUUUGGGUAAUUUCACCACACUGGAAUAAUUCCAAACAAAAUGGCUUAAUUUUUGUAUUUCUUAGGAGCAAUAAGAGAUGGGAACUGAGGAAUUAGCUCAAGUCGUAGAGCACAUUCCCAGCAGAGCCUUGCAUUGAAUCCCCAGGUCUAGCCCUAGUGGCCGGCCCCAGAGUGCCCUGGAAUGCAGAGGCAAUUUCGUGUGAUGGAAUUAUGGCAUACGGAGCGUUCUUUGUAUGUGUGGGGCCCUGGGUUUGAUCUCCAGCAAUACAAGGACAAACAAAACAAAACCUGUGAACCAGCUUACUGGAGGCUUAAAAAAAAAGUAGAAUAUUUUUUUAUAAAUUUCAUAAAAAAAAGAUUCAGUCUAUUUCCGAGCGGUCUGAAUAUGUAUGACACUGUUUGAAUUUAUAGUAAAACAACGUUUCACUCUUGAAAUCAAAUCAGUUGCUGUCUGCAUUGCCUUGUAACAGAACCAUCUGCAUAAAUUAAAGGGAUCUAUUUUAUUUCUUUGGCAAGGAAUAGCGGAAAUGGUUUCUGCCAAUCAGACUGUAGGAGUGAUAGAAGAAAAUUUAGCUCUUUUGCUCUGAAAUAGCAGGUCAGUUGUGUUCUCUGAGUCUGCCAGAGGCUCAUUUCUAAGGAAUCUGAAGUGUGUGCGUGGUGUGUAUCUGUGUGUUUGUGUCCUCAUGCCUUCUGCCAUGGGGUACCUUCAGGCUUAAUAAUGGCAUCCAAAGACUACCAAGAGGUGACAGUAGGUUUUUGGCAUGGACCCUUCAGUUUCCUUUGCUAACAAUAAGAACUGAAGUUAUUCUAGAUGAAGGUAGGAAAAUUGGCCCUUGCGCCAUUUCCAUUGUAAGCAAGCUCUUCUCAUCCAAGAAGUUGGGGCUUGUCUUGAACCCUUGAAUCAUGUGGUGUUGGAAGACCAGAAGUAACCAGACCACCACAAGGCCUAGAUGAUGUUACUUUGAAAGAGGGAAUUUUAACAUUGCUUUGUUAGGGGAUGGUAACCAAAUAAAGACCAAGAACAGUGCUCAUUCCAUGGAGAAGUAAACGCCCUCUACUGUCUACUUUGAAUUGACUGAAUUGAAGAAGUCAACCCAGAACCCAGCUGUAAGAAAUAGGUCAUCAGACCUCAAAUAACCAUGUGUGCACACAAUCUCAAGACCUGUGAACAUGGAAAGAAGGAAAAAAAGACAUUUAUAAAGUCAAUCUUAAUGAUUUUUGCAAUACCUCCUAUUUGCAGAUUAUUGGAUUUUUUUGUUAUUGCACUCUGUGUGAGCUAUCAUGUAUCUAAUAGUUUUUUGAAUAAUGGUUUGAGUUGUAAACUCCUGUACACUUCAUUAAAAUGGACCUAAUUAAAAGAAGUGACUUUGUAUUUUUUAGAUCUUUCUAGGAUCAAAGAAUUCCACAAAUAUCUUUGUCUUAGUACAAAGCUGAGUUUUAAUGUUUUUAAUUUUUAAAGAGCAACUAACGUUUGGUUUGUUAGUUUCCACUGCUGAUAUUUAUUCCCUGAGACAUCUUUCUCAUUCCAGAUGUUAUAAAUAUAACAUCUUUAUAUUUAUCUUAUACAUAAUAGAAGAUAAUGGGGCCUUGGGGUUUGAUCUGAGAAAAAUCAUAGUGCUCCAUGCUAUGUAAGCUUGCCUGUGAACUUCUAAUAUUUCUGUUACCUGAAUGAGACCUGCAUGGAAAAUGCAGCCCGUUUUUUUAUAAUCCCUGAAAAUAAGCUAGUGCUAACAUAUAAAACAAAAGAGAAGUUUGGGAAAAGUUUGUGUGUAAGAAGUAUGCACCCACUUAUUACCUCUCCAAAUCUGAGAAAAUUUCAAAUAGCAUUAUUGAGUUUUA